AUGUUCUGCGAGGGGCUCAGUACCUUGAAACCAAAGAUUGAUGGUACGGGAUACUAUGACCGAGUUGACAAACUGGAAAUCGGAGAUAUUCUAAGCACCUGUGUAGACACCGACAUUAGGUUCUCAGGCGGAGGACAGCUUUCGCCAACUACGCCAGACUACCAAUCAACUGCAGCACUGCAAGGGCUAUGCAUCCAGGCCAUUCGUCGCAGAUGGCAAUUGAGGAAGUCAAAAUGUGAAUGUGCCGCGCCGAGAAGCACAAAAGUCACGAAAUCCUUUGGCCUACCGCCUUUACACUGCCAAAUUCUAUGGAAAGAUUGGGGUUGCCAGGAUGCCACGGCUACUGACGAAAAGACAAUUUGGUUUCAAAUUGGACAUCAUCCAAUUCGCUUAAAGGUUCAAUACGUGGUCACAUGGGAAUAUUAUGACGGCGACAACUUGCCUCUUGCCCGCCUACGGUUGCAGGAAUGCUCCUAUAUAGUUUCCAACCUGGAACACGCACGAAAGGGAAUUAAUCUCGCAACCAAAUUGAGGCAAAUCGAGGCAUUAUCCGGUGGAACUUGGCCAAUCAUGGAAUCCAAUCAAGUAGAUUCAAGAAGGCCAUCAUCAAAUUCAUUUCUAGAUUUGAAUCGACCUCGCGUUAGACCUUCAUUUGUAAAGGGCGCCCAGAAGACUUGGUGCUUAUAA